AUGUCUCAGGAACCUAGGACAUACUUUCUUUUGCUGUUCUUUUUUCUGAGCCAUGGAGUGGCAAGUCAUAGAGUUCCAGAUUCCCGGCAGGAUUUGCCUCCAUCAUUGCAAAAAAUGGUGGAAGAAAUAAUAGAUGGAAGCUACCUGAAUGCAUUGCUGGAUCUCAUACAGUUUCAAAGCUCACACGUGUGGACGGCAGACCUGUCCCACAGAGUCCUGGCCUAUCUGAAUUCACGGAACGUGGCCUUCACCAUCCCCAGCCUGCAGGCAGCCAUGGAAAACCACCUGGAAGAGCGUUUGUACCAGCCCCAGAAGUUGCUGGAGGACCUGAGGGGAACGGAUGCCCAGCAAUUCCGCACCGCCAUGAAAUGUCUCUUAGAAGACAAGAAGGACCGCUUGGAGCUGGACGACAUCGUUGUUGACUUGGGAGAGAUUCGGAAACAAGCCUUGCAGAGCCCGGGUGUGAACCGCAGCCUGUUCCUCAUCACACUGGAGAGGUGCUUCCAGGUGCUGAACCCCCUGGAGUGUGUGGAGAUCCUGGGCAGGGUGUUGAGGGGCUCCUCAGGCCGCUUUCUCCAGCCGGACAUCACCGAGAGGCUCCCCCGGGACCUGCGUGAGGACGCCUUCAGGAACCUAUCUGCGGUGUUCAAAGAUCUCUACGACCAAACCUCGGCCCACUCCCAGAGGGCUCUCUACUCCUGGAUGACCGGGAUUUUGCAGACAUCCUCCAAUGUCACUGAUGACUCUGUUUCAUGGGUCAGUGCAGAAAACUUAUGGAUUUUGGGCAGAUAUAUGGUUCACCUAUCCUUUGAAGAAAUCACGAAAAUUAGUCCUGCAGAAAUUGGGCUGUUUAUCAGCUAUGACAACGCCACCAAGCAGCUGGACACGGUGUAUGACAUCACGCCUGGACUGGCCCAGGCGUUUCUGGAGAGGAUCCGCUCCUCCAGUUUUGACAUGAGGAAUACCUCUACCAUCCACAGGCAAGGGGCGUGGGCCCUGGGCCCUCGGAGCUCAUCCCGUAUCUUCUCACACAGGCUGGGGCUGCUGGUUUGUUUCUACGAUGACCUGGAGCUGCUGGACGCUGCAGUGGCCCAAGUCCUCCUUCACCAGAUGAUCAAGUGCAGCCACCUGAGGGGCUUCCAGGCGGGUGUUCAGAAGCUCAAAGCUGACCUCCUGGAAAUUGCCACGGAGAACCAGACCCUCAAUGAGACGCUGGGCUCUUUGUCAGAUGCAGUCGUGGGCUUGACCCACGGUCAGCUGGAAUCCCUCUCAUCUGAGGCUGUGCACGGCGCCAUCUCGACCCUCAACCAGGUGUCAGGCUGGGCCAAGAGCCAGGUCAUCAUCUUGUCUGCCAAAUACCUGGCCCACGAGAAGAUGCUGUCCUUCUACAACGUCAGCAGGAUGGGCGGGCUGCUGGCUGGGGUGGGCACCCAGGCCUUCCACGCCAUGGACCGCAGGGACCUCGCGCGCCUCCUGAGAAGCGCCGUCUCACUGCACCUGUCCGACUUGUCGCCUGCCCAGCAGCACGGUGUCCUGAGCAAGGUAAUGGAAGCAGGAGAUACUGCCUCGGGCAUUGUGGGAAUACAAGGCGCUUUCUUUAAGGAAGUGUCUCUCUUUGACUUACUGAGGGAACCAGGAUUCAACUCCACAGUCCUGAAGGAGAAGGAGCUCCGGCAGAGUCAGGCCUUGCUCCUGUUUGAGCUUCUGACAAAGACGACCAGGAGGCCCGAGGAGCUCCUGAGCUCAGGGCAGCUGAUCAAAGGUGUAACGUGCUCCCACGUUGAGGCCAUGAGCGCAGACUCCUUUCUGGCUCAUUUCCAGUAUUUUGAGAACAACUUCUCCCUGCUUUCACCGUAUCAGAUUAACUGUUUGGCGUGGAAAUACUGGGACGUUUCCAGGUCCUCUAUGCCGCCCUUCCUCUUGGCUGCACUCCCGGCUCGCUACCUGGAUUCUGUCCCAGCCUCCCAGUGUGUGCCCUUUCUGAUCAGCCUGGGGAAGAGUCAGUUGGAUUCCUUGGUUUUAGAUUCCCACAAAAAGAACUCAGUCCUCGAGAAAGUGCAGCAGUGCUUGAACAACUCCAUUGCUGACGAGUACACUGUGGACAUCCUGGGGAACUUGCUCUGUCACCUGCCGGCGGCCAUCAUCCACCGUGGGGUGUCCCCCAGGGCCUGGGCCACCGCCCUGCACGGCCUCAGAGACUGCCCGGCUCUCAGCCCCCAGCAGAAGGCAGCAGUGAGGCUGAGGCUCCUGGAACAGUACGGACUCCCCCAGAACUGGACAGCUGAGACUACGAAGGAUUUGGGACCCUUUCUAGUACUUUUCUCAGGAGAUGAAUUAAGCUCUGUUGCCACAAAGUUUCCUGACAUCCUUCAACAAACAGCUUCUAAGGUGGCCGGGACUUUGCCCCCCAAAGAAUUCCUCUGGGCUGUCUUUGAAUCUGUUCGGAACAGCAGUGAGGAGAGCCCCAGCUCUGACCCCAGCCCUGGUUGCCAUGGAGUCGUGGCUCCCUCCUCCGACGACAUCACCAAGCUGGCCGAAGCCAACGCCUGCUGGGCCCCUGAGGGCCUGCUCUGCCUGGAGGAGGGUGCGUUCCUCAGGAGUGUGGAGCUGCUGGGGGCUGUCAGGGGCUUCAGCCUGGCUCAGCUGAGGAUCCUGAAGGAGAAGGCAGUACAGGUUUGGGACAUGCCUGCUUACUGGAGAGAGUACCAUCUCGCCUCCCUGGGACGCAUUGCCCUGGCUCUUAAUGAGAGUGAGCUGGAGCUGCUGGAUCUCAGCUCCAUCGAUGCUGUGGCUUCUCUCAGCCAGCAGACAGAGUGGACCCCAGGGCAGGCUAAAUCCAUUCUGCAAGGGUUCCUGGAGGAUUCAGGCUAUAGUGUCCAGGAUCUGAAGAGCUUCCACUUAGUAGGACUUGGUGCAACCCUGUGUGCCAUGAACAUCACUGAAAUCUCACUUAUAAAGAUCUCAGAAUUCAGGGUGGUGGUGGCCAGAAUUGGGACCCUGCUCUGCAGCACCCAGGUCUUGGAAGAGUUUAAGAGGAAGGCAAAAGUUGUGUUUGGGGAGCCCAACGAGUGGUCCAGCUCUGUCUUGCAGGAGCUUGGGACAAUUGCAGCUGGAUUAAGUAAGGAAGAGCUCCGAAUGCUUGACAAGGAUUUGAUGCCAUAUUUCCAGCCAUCAGCAAUCAAAUGCCUUCCUGAUGAGAUAUUCAAAGAGCUGUCCGCGGAGCAGAUCGCCUCCCUGGGCCCCGAGAACGCCGCGGCCGUGACCCCAGCCCAGCGCCGGCAGCUCAGCAUGUUGCAGCUGCAGAGCCUCCAGCGCGCGCUAGAUGGCGCCAAGACUCGCUCCUGGCUGGACGUGCCUCCGAGCGCCGGCCCCACCCGGACCCCCUCCUCUCUUUCUCCUGCAGGAGCCUGGGUCUCCCGGGGUCUUGGGCUGGGCUGCCCUCUGCUGGUCCUGUUGCCCAGGCUUGUGUGGUGAGCCGCGUUUUGCAUUGCCCUGAAGCCCCGGCAGCCGGCCGGGGCGCGUGGAGAUGGAGGGCGCUGCAGAUGGUGGGAGUCCCCCACCCUGACUCAGAGCCUCAGCAGGGUCAGGGAGACGCCGGGGCCCUGGAAUUGAAGAGGCACUAAAGGAAGAGUAAUUAUUAAAAUAUGAUCUUGCACAUUCUUAAGCUGGCUUGUAUCCCUUGCAGGGAGGCGUUCUUGGCCUCAUUUCAGCCUCCCUUGUUUUCCAGCUUGGAGACAGAGAAGCUGGGGAGGGGAGGGUGUUGCCUAUUAAAGCAUGAAGAC